GCCCGCGGGAGGGGCCGCUAGAAAAUGGCGAGUCUGUGCAGAAGGCAGCAAUGUACGAUCGAGAGGCGCGGCUUUCGGCAGGAGCUUGACUCGUGGAGGCAUAAACUCAUUCACUGUGUAGGGUUUGAAAGCAUUUUGGAGGGGCUGUUUGGACCAGGACUCAUAAAAGAUCUUACCCUCUUUCAAGAUUGUGAGCCAGAGGGUGUGUCAGAUUGGUCGUUUAAUGAAAACUGUCUCUUUUGCUGCUUGAGACGUGAAAAAGUGAAGGAAAAUUUUGUUGGUUUGAACAACCAAGUGUUAUCAGAAGCGGACAGCUUCAAGCAAGAGCAGUCCAACAUUAACAAACUUGAGAAGCAAGCAGAGGAUUUCCUCAAUGUUGUCUUCUAUAGAAAGGCAGACCUCCCGAGAUUUACAGACCCCCACAUUCCUCUAGUGGCUCGUGAAAUCAUGCAGCGAAUGAUCCGACAGUUCGCUGCCGAAUAUACCUCAAAAACCAGCUCAACUCAGGACGUACCCCAACCCCAGUCCCAGCCCAACGGCACCAAGGACCAAAGCCUGCCGAAAGCGCCCUCGCUGGAGCCGGACGCCUCCACACCCGCUGCCUCCGCACAGAAUCCCGUCCUCAGCAAGCUUCUCAUGGCAGACCAGGACUCCCCACUGGACCUCACCAUCAAGAAACCAGAGACUGAACCCAGAGAACAAGAUGGAGUCCUUGACCUCUCAACUAAGAAAAACCACAGUCAUGGUAGUGUCUCACUGAAAAGCUCUCAAGGUUUCUCAAUCAUGCCCACAGUUAAGGGGCGUUCCCAGAGAGCUGAUCACAACUAUCGAGAUGAUGAUGAGGAUGGUUUGCCACUGAGAAGCUUGCAUGAUGGGAUUAGGGAGAACUGUAUUGGUUCUGAACCCCUCAAGCCACCCUUGGCCCGCUCGCUCCUCAUAAAAGAGGAACUCCUGAGUCAAAAACAUCGCCUCCUUGGCCAACCUCUAUCUUUGGCUAGCUUAGAGUCUGCGGGUCUUCUCAACAGCCAAGCCCAAUCCAUCCUUUCCCGCGAUGGGACAUGGGGGAAAUCCCAUCUAGAUGGCCUCCUGAAGCUCAAACAAGUUAGCGGCGACCUCAACGACCUGCCUCUUUUCCAGGAGAACCAAGGCUUGUUCACCAAGGGUACAAAGUCCCAUGAUAGUGGUUCCAUCACAGUAAAGAAAGAACCCGGCCAUUCCCCUCCAGUGGACUUGAAAAUCCCGCAAGUCAGAGGCAUGGAUCUGUCUUGGGACUCCCAUGGGAAUUCCUCGGAUCUCUACACUUAUAGCUCUAUAGUUUUGGGCAAUGUGCACUCUGAGAAUGCGCUCAGUCGGAAGCUGAGGGCUAUCUUGCCAAAGCAGAGUCGCAGGGCCGCUCUCGGAGGUCUUCUCGAUGGAGGAGCCGUGGGCGAGUACUGGGGUGCAGACCUCGAACAGCCAACUUUGGGACCUCAGUACCCAACUUCAGAUCCAGAGGCAGACCCGACCGGCUCCAAGCAACCCAGAAAGAAAAGGGGACGGUAUCGUCAGUACAACAGCGAGAUUCUAGAAGAAGCCAUUGCUGUGGUGAUGAGUGGGAAGAUGAGCGUUUCGAAGGCGCAGAACAUCUAUGGUAUUCCCCACAGUACCUUGGAGUACAAGGUGAAAGAGCGGUUGGGCACCCUGAAGAACCCACCAAAGAAAAAGCUUAAACUGAUGAUGAGGGCAGAGGGACAGGACUCUGGGAUCACCGCCGAAACCGAAUCCACAUCGACGCCCGCCACUACACCCAUCGCAAUGCAAGUGGAUGUCUUGCAGGAGACAGGAGAAAAAGUCGAGUAGAUAACACAUAACACCUCAUAAAACGGAAAACGUUUUAAAUUCUGACAUUUAAAAAACUAAAAUGAUUUGGAAUUGAGGAUGGGGCUUUAAUUGUGCCAAUUUAUACUUGCAGUAUCUGGGUGAGCACAACUGCAGGGAUUCAUGGGAGGAUUUAAGCCUGAUAACUUGGGAUAAGAAAAAAAAUUGGCAGUUAUCACAGUGGUCGCAUUGACACUGCAAACAUUUGCUGAAGUUUUUUACAACAUAAAGCAACAAAUGCGUACUAAAGCCAUAAGAGAGUAUCGACAGAGACAUUUUAUUAAAAAAGAAAAGCAAGCAGAUUAACCCUUUGUUUGGCCCUUCAGCUGAACUUUGUGAGCUGCGCCAUUAGUAUUGGACGGCAUGCCAUUUAGAGAAACAAGAAGCGGGUUUCAAGGGUUACGUGCAAGGCUGGAAAUUGACCCUUCAAGGAUGAAUUUAUCUCCUCUGAUUAGUAGGUUUAUGAUAUAAUUCAUGAUCUUUAAAACUAAUUUAUUUCAAAUGGAGUUGGAUUCUCACCAGGGAUCGAUCCUUGGCCCGUUUUUCUAUUAACAGGUAAAAACUAUUUAUUUCAGCUCUUUGUAGUUUCCUCCUUUUAUAUUCUGAAACAGACUAAGAAUUAGACACGUCCAUUUAAAAAAAAAAAUGAAGCUUAAGAUUAGUCAUUCAGGGAUGCAUGUUUGUGAUGUUGAAAAGAUUAUUAUUUUAUUUUAUUUUAUUUACUUUACUGUAACUAAACUUUUCUUUAACUCUAGCGCUUUCUUUUGCACUACACUUGCAGUCUGGCGCUCGCCAGAGCCUAAAUCUGGCAAUUAGACCUGAUUACCUCAACACUGCUUGCAUUACGCACUUACUGUUCUGUCUGGCAUACUACAUAAUACUCAUUUUACAGUACUCUACUAUUUAACAUUUCAACACCCACGAAGGAACAAUGCCAACUUAAGCCACACAGGACAGGAACGUGUUUCAGAUUCUCAUCUUUCUACUAAAAUUAAUCGAGGGAGGGUGCAUGCAGUCCACUUUUGGCUGAUUCUGGCUGCUCCCUCGUCGCUGCUUACAGUCAGUCACUUACAUAUAUUUAUAAAAAGAAGAGCAUUUUCGCAGAGGGUUGGUUUUGGGGAACAUAAGUGGGGGGAAAUGUAGGUAGGGUUAUAACCAUAUAACCCUGUUAUAUUAUAAAUUAGCAUUCUUUCAGAGAGCCAGUUCUUGUCUCUGAAUAUUUUCUUUUCCUCGUGUAAAACUCAGGGCUACUGAGACAAAUAUAGCGAUCAUGUUUUUAGAGAAACAAUGCAUAUUACCUACUUGAACUGGAACCUUUGACACAAUUCUUAGUCAUUGAGUUGGGUCAGGGGCAGGGCUUUAUACCAGGCAUAGGUUGGGUCAAGCUGAGCCAUGAAUUGGAGAUAUCAGUGGGAUGUUAUUGGAAACACCUGGCCAGUUGGGAAUUUUCUGAGAUCUCUCUGAAAAUAGCACUUUGUAUAAAAAUAAAAGUGAAUAUGUUUGGGUGUGUGUUUUAAAGUAGCUUUUGCAGUAGCAGAUAGCAUAAAGGAGACUUGCAAGAUCAAAGGGGGAGCAUUUCAAUGACCCCCGGCGUCCUGCAGCUCAGACCCAAACAUGCUCAUUUCGUUUUGAAAAAAUUACCUCUUCAAUAUACAGUGGUCGACAGCUUAAAUUCUCAGAUUUUACUAGUGUUGCCUCACUGUUUAUUGUCACAUUGCCCCUUUUUCAAAUCUAAACUGUGUAGUCUGAUGUAUAUAAACCCGAAAAAGAUCAUAGAUCUGUGAAGAUUUCAAAGAGAAGGCUUUUGGAAUGGCAUGCUCCACUUUGAUGUUGUUCUGAAGGGCAUUCUGGUAUAUAUCACUGCCUGGUGCUCACCCAGUCUGUGAAAAAAAAUUAUACUUCAAACUUCAGGGUUUCUGAUGAUGAAACUGACUCUUUUAAAUGUACCUUUUAUUUAUUUCAUUAUUUAAUUUGAAUCAUUUAAGUAAAUGGCAUGCACCAGUUAAGUGGACGCUGAUUUACUAUUUAUAAUCUGACACUUGGUGGCGGGGUUGGCAUCAAAGUAGACAACCGGGGACACUGUCCUGGGCUCACCUUUAUAAUAUUAGACCUAGUGAAAUCAAGUAAUUUUAGUAAUUUCCCACAUUAUAUUAGGCUUGAGUAUAUUGUAUAUAUUUCCUACAGUGCGAUACUUGUAAGUCAUUUUAAUUAUUGUUUUGUUAGCUUUGUUUAAUGUAGUUGCAUUGCAGUUAUAAGCCUAUGUGAAGACACUACUGAAAUUAAUGUAUUUUAAUCAAUACAACAUACAAUAGUAAACCACUGAUGUAACAUAUUUGGUUCAGUUUAUAAGUUGAUCACAUGCUACUGUACUUCUACAAGAAGCAAGUCAAAAUAAAUAACUAUGUAUAAAGAGUUAUAACUAAUUUAGAAAAUAUUCAUACUUAUAAGCUCUACUGUGUAAAUCCCUUUAGGUCAUCUGGCAUCAAAUGCACCAACACUUUACCAAUGCUGAGCGUUUGAAGUGUCUAAUUAGAAAUUAGUUAGGUUCUUUAUCAAUCAAUCAGUCAAUAAGAUUUAUUUAUUAAUCAAUGUGAUGUAAAAUACCACUCAUUUUGAUGACUUUUUCAAUUUAAACAUUUCUUAACCAGUAAUUUUGCCUUGUUUUACAGUAAAAAUAUCUUAAGAUGCAUAAGUCAAGAUACGUUUUCUUGGUUUCUUAGAAAAUGUGAAACCCUUGAAUUACAUUUUUCUUACCAUUAUUUUUAAUUUGGAAAAUUUACGUUUCUCGUUUUAAGAAUACGUUUAGUUGGAUUCUCCAAUAAAAUUACUUUAAUGUUCACUGUUAAACAAAAGAUAAAAUAUUAGUUUGAAGUGCAACUAGUAAAUUAGUAGUAGAUCUAGUAGAAUUGAAUAUUUUCCCCUAUAAUUGGCACUUAAAAAUGAUUGCACUGAUGGCAAUGACUGGAAGUUGUUUUGCAGCACUUAAAUCUAACCGUUUCAAACGAUCACUUCUUUAUUUGCUAAUCUAGAAAGUUUUGAACUUUCACAAAGCUACUGUACAUUCUACAACCUUUAUUUAUCAUCAGCUGUCUGAUUCACUAUGGUGCAUGCCAUUUCAACAUAUUUAUUUAAUUUGACUUUGAUGAUUAAUGUAUUACAGGGUUAACGGCUCCCCCUGUCCAAAACAUCCUCCUCUUGAAGAAGUUAUACCGUCUUUACUCAAAUGAAUGUAAACCAUUACGAAUAACUUUUAACUAGUUGUUUAGAAAAUGUCACUUUCACAUUUCAUACUUUGAACAGACUGUUUUAGUUUUUCUCUUGCUGCUCUCGUUUAAAUUAUUGUUUGCGUUUCUCUGAAACGUACACUGUAGCCUUCAGUACUUUCUUAUCUCAGGAUAGAUUCAGCAGAAGGGUUUGCAAUAUUUGUCAGUCGGAUAACGAUGCAGACAUAACUACCUGUACAAGAUGUGCAUAUACAUGUUAUAUUAACUACAGUCUUUGCACAAUAUACCUCAUCCUUGGGAAUAAACGCACCUUUCUGUGCCACAUCCUUAAAUACCAUUCAGGGGCACGUGGAAAAGGAGCAGUUGAAACUCUGGGAAAUUAUUUUCGUUUUCCUAUUUCACCCUCUUUUUUUGUCUUCUAUGAGAGGGAUGGCAAGCGAGGCAUUUCAUGUGUCUGACUGACCAAUAUUUACACCCUUUUCAUUCAGGUACAGAAAAUCGAACUUUUUGAAUACAAUCAAAAGUUUCGCUUAACAUUAUUCUCAUCUUGCCAAUAACAGGUCCCAUCCUUUAAGUUAACUUUUAACGUUGAUCAUCAAGGCAAAUAUCAGAGGAUACUGUAGUACAAUACCUUCAAUCCCUGUACUCUGAAAUAUGAUUUAACCGUCAUUGGUGUUUUUGUGAAAAACACUAAUGGAGGUUUUGAAGGGGAGAAUAUGGGACAGGUGGAAAUGUUAACCUUCUGUUGUUUCUGUGCUCUCUGUAAACUUGUUUUUAAACUGCAUUCCAAAAAUUUCAAGAGAUACCUUUAUAUGGAAGAAAAAUCUAUACAUAUACAAAUGAAUAUAUAUUAUAUUUAUUUUACAGUUUAUGUUUUUAUUUGUCUUUUUCUCGUUGAAAUUGAAAUGCUACACUAAGAAAUGAUGGGAAAACGACGCUGACAGCUACAACCUCAGUUUCUGUACCAUAUGAAGUGCCAUUUGUUUGUCUCAAGUGGCUCAUAAUGAUUUACUUUCUGAAAAGAUGCUCAGAAAGCCCUUUUUGUUUCCCUUUUAUGACUUUCACUGCAUAUCCACAUAACGGCAUUACCUCAGGUGAGAUCUCCCAGAGCAGCUGAUUCUACAUUUACUUGUAGAAAUCAGGACCUGUACUUGACUUUUACACGUUUCCAAAAACGCAACUAUUACUCUUCAAGGAAGCAGUUUAUAAAUGACGCUAUUCGCAUUUUUGUUUUCCUUCUGUGAUUUUUUUUUUCUAAUAUUAAUGCUUUGCUUAACUGAACCACGGGUCUCUUUUUGAAUGCAACUUUAUUGAAGUUAGCACACAAAAGUUCAAAUCAGUAGGGCACACAUUUGUACAUCACAAUUAAUACACACUCCAUACACUCACAUGCACACAAAACACCAUCAGGUCUUCAUCAUGUGGGUGGUUAUACAGUUUUAGGCUAAUGGUUUGAUAUCUUAAUGAGAAAGAAACAGAAAAGGCAUAUAUGGACGCAUUCCAAAUUAGCUGUCUUUAUUAUUAUUUCAGCUGAUGUCUCUUUUCAAUGGCAUUUAGAUACAUAUUGUUUUGUGACUGUCAACCAACCCCCCUCCCCCCACCAUGAAUAGGCACACCUUUAUUUGACAGAAAACAUCUUUGAAAUUGGGAGAAACAAAUUGUCGGCAAACACUGUAGUCCAAUUCAACUGUGGAUAUCCAUCGUACUGUAAAUCUAUGCACUGGAGAGGGUCAAGUUACUUGCACCAUUAACUGUUUUCGGAGUUUGUGAUAAUGUUAAGUAGUUUUAGAGGCCGUAUGGCUUAAAAUAGCUGUUGUCCUGGUACAACUUGCAGCACGCCAUGGUAAAAGACAUGUUUUGAAUGUAACCUUCUAGAGAAACAUGUCUCAGAGAAAACUGAUGGAAUGUGCACAGACAGUUUAGCUCAGAAUAGAAUACACUCCGAUAUAUGUGUUUACUAUGAUUCUGUGUACUUGAUGCUUUUCAUUAGAAUAUCGCUGUCAUCCGUAGUGCCUGUUUUGCAGUGUUCAGUCGUCACCGAUAGUUCAAUAAUUCCAUUCGAUCAUCAAAUAUUAAUAAUUUUUGUUAACUAAUUAAUUUAAACGAUAAUGAGCCAAUAAUACCUGCCGAUAAUGGGUAACAACAAUCUAAAAUCAUUAACCAAGGCAACUUACAAUCUAUAUGUUAUUUUUAUUAAAUUUAAUCAAAUGUCAUCUUGAUUGCUUUAAUGCAAUUAAAUAAAAAUAAAUACAUGUCUUAUAUAGAUAGAUCGAUAGAUAGAUAUUGAAUUGUUUUAAACACAUUUUCCAGCAAAUAGAUAACUACACCCCCCAACACACUAUUGGUUUAGCCAAUAAUGCUAUGCUAGGUUUGGGUGCAUUUGGGGACAAUUCAGUUGAACUCUGUUGGUAAUGACAGGACUUGAUAGAAAUGCACCUGUAGACAGGAUGCUUAAACAAAUAUUGGUGCGUUUCCUGUAAAAUGAUGUAACUCGCUGCUUAACCACCAUAUUAUGAUGCAUCAUUGUAAUAACUAACUAGGUAGUCACGACUGUUUCCCAAACAUAGUCACAUCUCCGUCGUUUGAACCACGUUGGUUCAACAAUAUAUACCGUUGUUAAGGGAACACUCCACUUUUUUUUGAAAUGGGCUCAUUUUCCAACUCCCCUAGAGUUAACCGUUUUCGAAUCCAUUCAGCCAAUGUCCGGAUCUGGUGGUAGCACUUUUAGCUUAGUUUAGAAUAGAUUGUUAAAUCUGAUUUGACCAUUAGCAUCUCGCUCAAAAAAAAGACAGACGUAAUAUGAAAAGUUGUGAUUUUCUAGGCCUAUAUGUCUAGGAACUAGAGUAUAGAGAGUAUAGUUCCUAACCAUUUGGCCUAGAUAAUCGCAACUUUUCAUUUUCCGUCAGUUUUUGUACAUGAUGUAACUACAGAAGAGUCAAGUUUUAAAUAGGAAAACUAUGGAAACUCUUUGGUCAUUUUUGAGUGAGAUGCUAAUGGUUUAAUCCGAUUCAAUGAUCUAUGCCAAGCUAAAAUUGCUACUGCCAGACCCGGAGAUCGGCUGAAUGGAUUAAAAAAAUGGUAAAACACAACUCUAGGGGAGUUCGAAAAUGAGCCUAUUUUUUUUAGUGGAGUGUUCCUUUAAUGCAAAUACAUACAUGUGGCGACGUAAUAGCUUCUGUUAAUUCAUAGAUUUGAGAUCUCUGAGAUGCUGUUGUAUUGAACAUGGCAUCGAAUGACUACUUCACUAUUUUUUCGAUUCAUUCCUGGUUCCCUCUUAUGUUCAAACCACAGAUAGAGAGCUGUAUUUCACACCACAUAAGUUUGCUGUUUGUGAAUGCUUGUUUGAACUUUGGUUUCAGAAAACACUGAAUUGUUGAACUAUGUUUGUAACGACAGAACAUGCAACCAUAGUGGCCUAACAUCGCUGUUGGAAACGCACGACUGAUCAUUUAACAGUAUUUAUGCUUUUUAGGGGAAUCAAACAACUAACUAAACAACUGUUAACAAAAAGUUAUUUUCUAGUCAACAUCAAAAAACAGGGACAACAUAAAGAAUUUGAAUAUCAAUAAAAUUACACACUUUCUUCAAAGGCUAAACUGUGAAUUAUAUGGAACAGAGCCAUGGAAAUUCAACACCAGAACGCUAUCUCUACUAAAAUGAAAUAUUAACAUGGCUGACAAUGAUGACUUCAUUCUUAAGAGGUUCAAUGCUAGCUCAGUGAGAGGUCAAAUAGAGCUGUGAAAACGCAAAUGAAAGUAGAAAGAAGAAAAUGGACUUGAUCAAAUGGCCAACAUUCUUCUAGAGAUCUUGAGAGCUUUGGGCCAUGAAAGGGCUGCCCUUGUGAUGCCAUGACAAUCUUGCAAGAUCAUUCACAAGUAAAGGUGUGUCUAUUCUAAUUAUGCUUUUAUUAAAGCAAAACCCACAUUCUUUUCCUGUUUUUUUAUUUUAUACCAGUAUUUUAUGUAAUUUCUACCAUUGAAAUGGAGACCUAGUUUGUGUUAAUUUGAUUUUGUUGCAAAUUUGCCGAGACAGAAAUGAGGAGAAUAUUAGUUUGAAAAUGUGUGGGGAGUUACAAUGUUUCUGCCAUUUGUCCUUGUACUGUGCUGGAAUUGCAUGGUAUUUCAUGCCUGAAUCUGCUCUUGACCAUUAACUUCAUCCAUGACUGUUUCAACCCUGCAGUCCAUUGAGUUCUGUGGGAUUAGGAUUAUUAGUUUUGCUACCUCAACGUUCAGAUGGUUUUGACAUAGGAGCCCUUUGGUAGUAAAGCAAAAAUGACUUGUAUCUUGAGGGACUGACUGUCCCUACAGGUUUUGUCGAUCAGGUUGUGGAAACAUAUUGGUGGUUUGAUCAGCUUACGUGCUGUACCGUAUGUAGCAUUUCAGAUGCACGGAUAACACUGGCUUGUCAUUCCCAAAGUUGCGGUCCCAUUCUGUCAGAAAGCAGUUAUACAUACUGCAUGCACAUGUGUGUAUCUAAUAAGUCACAUUUUUGAUAGAGGUAAUGACUUUUUGGGACCAGAAGUUCCCAAGUUAUGCAUUCCAUCUGCUUUUAGGACCAGUGUUUGGGAAGAAUCAGGUUGACCGAUCACCUCUAAGGUUUGAAACGCGUUAUGUGUAUUUCCUCAAGAAUCUAGUAUAGUCAUGCCACACCAUAUUAGUUUGUGCCCUUGAAAUUCAAGCCAAAUGCAGUCUGUGGGCAGUAUCUUUGUUUGCGAGAAAUGCAAUUGGUCGCAUUUGCAUUAAUUUGCAUACCUUAAAGGUGCGCAUCUUAUCCCUCGACGGGGUGCUGUGCUUAAACUUUUUGUGGGUUUUUCCAUGUGUGGAGUCGUAAGUUUUAUGGAGCAAAAAUGCCUUUGGCUAUCUGUUCAGCUUGUGUUCAUAUUUUCAAAAUACUUUUUUAAAGUUUCGUAAGAAUUCUCAGAGUAGAGUCUUAACGUUGUAUAGGUUUGGCGUUCAGUGUAGUAUGAUGAUCGGAUCCCUUCUCCCGUACCCCCUCAGGUUAAUGCAUGAGAGUGGAAUGAUUAGGCUCGGCUAAAGAUUGAUACCUUUUCUAUAUUUCUUAAUACUAUUGAUAUUGUGAAUACUUUAAAAAACGCUUGCCUUUAGGUUCCAUUUUAUUUUCGCCCAUAAUUCAAAAUCCCACCAGUAAAGUGGUCCAAAAAAAAAAAAAAAAUUUUGGUGAUUUUAUUUUGCAAUAUUAAGCUAUGAGUGUGAAAACGACUGAAGCAAGGCAUUACUUGUGAUUUAAAGGGAUACUCCACCCCAAAAUGAAAAUUUUGUCAUUGAUCAUUUACCCCCAUGUCGUUCCAAACCCGUAAAAGCUUUGUUUCGUCUUAGGGGCACAAUUUGAGAUAUUUAGGAUGAAAACUGGGAGGCUUGUGGCUGUCCCAUAGACUAACGACAAGUAAGUUACACUGUCAAGGUCCAGUAAAGUAUAAAAGACAUUGUCAGAAUAGUCCAUCUGCCAUCAGUGGUUCAACCGUAACAUUAUGAAGCAGCAAAAAUACUUUUUGUAAGCAAAGAAAAUAAAAAUAACAACUUAACGACACGUUUCUAUGUGUAUCCUUGUGGCGCAGCUGAUACAGAAGAGCAUACGCAGCAUAUGGUGAUAUGGAGAGACACAGGGAAGAUUGUUGACAAAGUAGUUAUUUUUGUUUUCUUCACUUACAAAAAGCAUUCUCGUCGCUUCAUAGCUAUGGGACAAUCACAGGCUUCCCAGUUUUCAUCGAGAAUAUCUUAAAUUGUGUUCCAAAAACAAACAAAGAUUUUACGGGUUUGGAACAACAUGGGGGUAAGUGAUUAACGAGGGGUGGAGUAUUCUUUUAAGUCAAGUCCCCUUGACUUGAGAAAAGUAAGUUUUUUUGUCACAGGCCCAAGAAAGCAGGGUGCCCAACAGCCGGACAACUCAACUGCAUGUCCUUAUCAGACCGCCUUUUGCAUUUAAAAAGAUUCAGCCAAAUAUCUUUAGUUCAGUGCUUUAUAAACGGCGAGGAUUGUAAAGUACGAAUUUUCUGAAAAAACAUAAACGCACUAAGUUGAGACCCACAAGGCCACAAAGACUAUUUAUUUUGUUUCUGUUGUCUGUACACUAUGUGAUGUUACAACCUAAAGAAAAAAACCUUACAACACAGAAUACCUCAGAUAAUAAAUCCAUGUAAAUCUUGACAGCCUCCAUGUGUAGAUAGAAACCUGUUCACUGCCUCACCACCUCUCAUGUCUGUCGGACGCCUCUUCUUUCAUUUCACUGCCCGUUAUAUGUUGUGGAGGUAUCAUUCAUUUCUUUUCAUGUUUGUUUUGUAGUCCCGGGAACAAAUUAACCAUUACUUCAUUCAUCGUUCCUCUGUGCUUGACGUUUAGCGGCGUUCACUCUGAAUUCCAAUGAGAGUUGGGGAUUUGAGGUGACUUGAGCGUCAGACUGUUGUUGAUGCAACAAAAUUGAGCUAACUUUAUGCAAAUGCAUAGUGAUGCGGUGACAACCAAUGGGAGUCUAGAAUGUGAUUUGUCACCUGAUUCAUUUGGAUAUUGUGGUUGAGUAGAAACGUCUUCUAGCAACCAACAGUAGAGCAACUUUGUGACCUCCAGUUCUUAUCGAAGACUGUGUGAAUGGCGUUUUAGGAAGGGAAGACAUUGCCUCAGUAGUAGAUGCUUAUUUUUACAGUCCAUUUCAAAGUAACACUGUAGUUACCAAAUCAAGUAGUAUGUUUCUAAUUGAAUAUUUUGGUCUAUUACCAUAAAUUAAGUUGCAGCUCCAAGUUUGGCCAUUGAAAACUCGUUUUUUAAAUGAAAAGGUGGGCUUUGUCUUUUUUAGAGGUAGUUUGUUGAGCAUAAGCCAUAGUUCACUCAUUUGACCAAUGUAAUUUCAUCAUUCAUUGUCAUUAUCAGCUAAACUGAAUGUAGGGGGAAAAAGAAUUAAAAAAAUGAAACUCUUAACACAGAAACUAACUUUUUAUGUAACUAUACAUACUUUAGGACAAGCUAUAGAUUAUUAUAUUAAUGUGUUCUUAUAUAUAUAUAUAUACACUCAAAAGUCACAGUGCAUUGUAUAUAAUGUUCUGUAUAGUUAUAUACUUCUGGAAAGAGAUGUUUAUCUCUUCCUCGUUUGAUUCAGGGAACAAACAUUUCAGUGCAGUAUAUUUAGACUCCUGUAUACGGCAUUUGUAUAGUUCGUUUUCAUUUGCUCACACGUUUUAUCGUCCACAUAUUGGAAGUUAGUCUUGAAGUAGGCUAAACAAAGAAUAAAUUACAUUAUUGUAAGGCAUCUACCGCUGCAGUGGUGCAGACCGUUUUUCCACAAUACUGUACAAACGAAAAUAUAUAUCAAGAAGAAGUACAAACUUUUUAAGGUGGAUGUGUAUAUAGUCUCGUACCCAUUCCGCAAUUGUAUUUUAUUUUACCCUUUUAGUUGAACACCAUUUUACGUGAUUUGAAAGUAUUUAUUGCGACAUCAGUCGGUGAUGUAAAUUAAUUUUCCCCGUGAAAAAAAACAACAAAAAAAGUUAACAGCCAGGUUUUGCGGUAUUGCUUGUUAUUUUUGCUUGCUAAUUGUACGUUAAAUUUAACUACAGAAGUAGGAUGGUUAAAAUCGUUUGUGAACACUGGAUCUCUAUCGGACGAUGUCCUAAAAUCAUCCUUAUUCAUUACGAUGAGGAAACGCGCCCUCGGUGUGCUUUGCUGCAACUGCUUUUUCUUAAAAAUGAUGAUGUUUAUUACUAUUAUAAUUUCUCGUGUGAGCUGAAACGUCUCUGUAGCUGUGAGCUGGUUGUGUAUGAGUGUGUUGAAUUUCUCUAGGUUUUAAUUUUUCGCUUUUUGCUCAUGCAUUUUGUGGAUAAACCAUUUUAUUACACACUAAAUCAUAUGAUUUCCGAUAAGACGAGCCUCUGAGUAGUGGUUUUCACGAUCAUCUGUGAAACGAAAGAUGAAAAACGUUCCUUAAAACCAUUUCUCUAUUUAUCUUAAAUCAAAUUAUUAAGCCACAACUACGAAUCCCUCAGGGACAAACGACACUGAUUCAAUCUAUUCAGGUACUUUCUCUAGAUUCUGCGGCCUAGCUGUUAAAAUACGAAAAACAAAAUACAUAUUUUUUGAGAAAUUGAGCAAAAGAAAAUGGUCGCUCGUGACGAGAGUAAUUUUUAACCUGUUGUCGCCUAGUUUCUUUUUCUCUGUCCUUUUUAGUUUUUGUAUUCUUUGUAUCCAGACUUAAGUACAAUAUACGAAAUGAAUGUCAAGCUGAAACUUCAGGUGAAGAGCAACACUCAGCCAGACAGUGCUUUUCAUUACAAUUUCCUCUGCACACACUGUGCCUCAAAUGCCUGAAGACAAUAAAACGACACUAAAGCGACAAACACCACAUCAGAGCCCUCAAUGAUAGUGGUCGACCGGUCUCAGCACUCCUAUACAGACGUACCUCUACAGCGCAAGGCCUGAUCUUUCACAUUUGCAGUCAGUAAUUGGUAGUUUCGAUCUCUGCUUUUAGCAUGUAAGUAUUUCAGCGAAAAAACUGCCUGAAGAACAUGCCUCUCAAUAUGUGAAUGGCUUUACGUUGAGGUCUGUUUGUCUUUUCUCAAGCUUUUAGGUGCCUACUCUUAUUGUCAAAAAAGCUCAGAUGCCUAAUGAAAGAUUUAUGAACUGGCUGUGUUUUGCUGAUUAUCAUCUAUAAUUACUAUCAGAAAGACGUGAAUCGUUUAUAAUAAAGCGGUCGAGUGAAACAAGGGCGGCAUUUACCCCUCAUGCAGUGUUGGUGUUGAGUGUUUGUUGUUAUUUUCCCAUUAGACUUGCAGUUCUUGAAACAUUCCUGUUGUCGUUCUGGUCCUCGUGGGUUUUAGUUUGCGAUGCCUGAUAACAAGCAGUGAGUUUGUUGUUUUCCACACAGGCUUGGAUUCAAGAGUUCAGGCUUGAUUUAAGGCAAAAAAGAAAAAAUGAAAUACUUACAUGUUAACUAUUUUAAUACGAGACGGAACAGGUUUUUAAAAUGCAGAGGUUUGCCAGUGUGGGAUAAGGUGCUGCUUUUUCCGAAUCUUAUCUGUUUUCGAUAUACCUCAGACCAUCUAGAUCGAAACGAGUGCUUUUUUAACGAAAUGGCAUCUUGACGCUGGUUCCUUAGAGUCGGUCCAAUUGGUGGAAGACAGGCGAUCCAAAACUGGAAUAGACCUCAUUUCAAUAUAUACUGUUUACUCUUUGACAAAAACAUUGUAUAGUUUAAUAUUUUCUUGUACUGUAUGUUUAUUUAUAUUAAUUUGUUCUUUUUUUGUACUGUGUUUGACUUUUAUUCUAGACUAUAAUCGAUGUCCGUAUUCGAGCACUUAUAAGGAUCACAAUUAUUUUUGUUUGAUUGCACUAUUUGUUUAGAGUUUGUUUUGUUUUCCGUUUUAAUGCAAAAUCUUUGUUUUUGUUUUUUUGAGCUGGGCUAAUGAAUAAUAAGCUGUCUCCUAAUGUAUGUGAUUUUUAAUUAAAAAAAUUAAAAGGAAAAAACUGAUUAGAUUUUCUGUGAUCUAAUUUAAAAACAAACAAAAAAAAAGUUUUCUCUCUCUUUUUAUUUGCAUUGACCAUUAAGCAAAAUGCUGGUUAGAUCCGUCUUUGUGCAUGUGUGGAGUUUAACUGGUUAUAUUUUACCCAUUAAGAAAAAAAUGCCAUUUUUCAACGCAUUUUAAUUGUAACAUUGUGCAAGUUAGUAUUCACUGGAUGCUAGAACCUUCUUAUGAAAACCACUAUUCUUCUAAUAAAUUUUUGUUGUGAAAAA